UAACUUUGCUUGCUGUCGGAUGUCACAUACCAACAAUCUGAUGUAGACAAAACAGCUAUAAAAGUGCGUGGAGAUGUCCGCGCGCAGACCAUGAGCGUGCGCUCCAUCGAGGACCAUGACAUGACAAGAUACCUGCAUUUACGCAAGUUUACGUUAACGCAAUAACAACCACUCAUGGAUUUCCAAUGGACUCAAAUCCUAUGAUUUAUGGCGAGGAUUGUUGAAGUGAAGAUAAAAUGAAAAUAAAUGGCAGUAGCCGGUUGAUGAACAGUUCUUCACUGAGCUCUUACGAGAUCUCGCUGAAUCGUCCACCGUGGGUCUCCACAACUUUGGGCUGCUUUCUGAUCUUCACCAUCGUGGUUGAUAUAUUGGGGAACCUCUUGGUGAUUUUCUCCGUGUGCAGAAACAAGAAACUUAGAAACGCAGGGAACAUAUUUGUGGUGAGCUUGGCAGUAGCUGACCUGGUGGUAGCAGUCUAUCCUUAUCCUCUCGUGCUGGUCUCCAUUUUCCACAAUGGAUGGAACUUGGGAUUCGUCCACUGCCAGAUCAGUGGAUUCCUGAUGGGACUGAGCGUGAUUGGAUCAAUUUUUAACAUAACUGGCAUUGCCAUCAAUCGCUACUGCUAUAUCUGUCACAGCCUCAAGUAUGACAAGCUAUACAGCGACAAGAACUCUCUUUGUUACGUCGUUCUCAUCUGGAUACUUACCGUGGUCGCUAUAGUGCCAAACUUCUACGUAGGCUCCCUGCAGUACGACCCCAGGGUCUACUCAUGUACAUUUGCGCAGUCGGCCAGCUCAGCGUACACCAUCUCUGUGGUUUUCUUCCAUUUCUUUCUUCCAAUCAUGAUUGUGACGUACUGCUACCUGCGGAUCUGGAUCUUGGUAAUCCAGGUGAGGAGACGCGUCAAACCCGAGUUUCGGCCAAAACUCACGCCGCACGACAUAAGGAACUUCAUCACCAUGUUUGUGGUGUUUGUUCUUUUUGCCGUCUGCUGGGCCCCUCUCAAUUUCAUCGGCUUGGCGGUCGCCAUAGACCCCGGGCGGGUUGCGCCUCUCAUCCCGGAGUGGUUUUUUGUAUCCAGUUAUUUUAUGGCCUAUUUCAACAGCUGCCUUAAUGCCAUAGUCUACGGACUGCUGAACCAGAACUUCAGAAGAGAGUACAAAAAAAUUAUCGUCUCACUCUGCACUGCGAAGAUGUUCUUCCCAGAGAGUUCAAAUGAUGCUGCAGAUCGGAUCAAAAGCAAGCCAUCUCCUUUAAUGACAAACAACAACCGAGUAAAAGUAGAUUCGGACAAUGAAGCAAUGGGAAAGGAGGGAAGGAAACAUGAUCUGGAAAAUACUUCAGCAUGACUCAAACUCAUGUUGAGUCCUUGUGUUCAGUGGCUUCCUUAACACUGACAUUACAAGACAAUUAUGGUCACAUGAAUAUGUGCCAUCACGCCUUAUGGAUGAUCAAUUACUUCAAUGAAAUACUAUUUCAGCAUUAACCCAGUCCCAGGAAUAAUAAAACCUCAGUGAUUUUGCUGGACACCUUCCAUAGAGACAAAAUAUCCGUUCAUUUUUGGAAUGAUACCACUGGUGGUCUUAACACAUACUGAUAUACAUCCUGUUCGCUGCUAUUCAAGCUUUCCAAAUUCCAGCACAUCACACAAUGAGCUUUGACAAUUCUUUUUUUUUUACUCUCUCUAUCCUAGAAACACUUAAUGCACAUUUGUAUACAUCAGCGCGUCACAAUGUGAUUCAUCCAUUUGCAAUGCAUACUUUAAACAGAAUCAUGUGAUGCUAUUUCAGAGCAAACCGGAGAUUGUUUUCAUUGACCUGUUUACGUGCCCACGGAUGGUUAUUUCUGGACAUUCAGAGAGAAGUGUCUUUAAAUCGGUGAAAGCUUAAGUAAUUACGCAUGUCUCUGUACGAGCUUGACGAGGGAACAGACUGUCUUUGAGAACCCCUACCACCUCUUUUUCAUGGCAUCUCUUUCCCAUAUCUUAAUGAACUUGAACAGAUUAAAUACGAUGAUAAAUGAUGAGCCAUAGAGUAGCCACCCCCAUCUGAGAAUUUAUAUAUAUAUAGUUAUUAUUUGGGAUUAUAUUAUGAUGAAAUAUUUUAAUCUCAGGCUGAUUCUCAGAGGAGGGAUUCAAGAGGUGAUGAGACCAUCCCCACCUCCACACAUGAAUGAAAAGAUGCUUGAUUAAAUCCUUUCCACAAGACAUUGGCAAUAAAAAGGAACCAUUACUUGUGAAAUACAAUCGAUGGAAAUUUUUGCCAAAAAGGAAUACAUUGAGUUUAGUAAUAACCAUCUUUCUGUUUUGCCAGGAUUGCUAAAAAUUAGCUUUGUGCAGUUUACUGAAGACAAAAAUAUUAUUGUUAUAUGGUUGAA